GGGACUCGUGUAGUUAUUUAUUUAUUUGUAGCAGUAGGGCAGGUAAGGUAAGCUGGAAAAUGGUUGUACAGACUGCGAGUAAAAGCGUGUGUUUAAUGACUGCCGGCAGAAGACUGUUCAAUCUAUCGAGGCAGCUUACGAGAGGAUAUACCACUGGAGCGUGGCCUGGAUUGCCUUCCUUUGUGAAGGUGGUUGAAGUGGGACCCAGGGACGGACUGCAAAAUGAAAAGGAGAUUGUCUCCACAGAAACAAAGAUAAAGUUCAUAGACCUGCUGUCGGCGUCUGGACUACCUGUGAUAGAGGCGACAAGCUUUGUCUCUGCAAAAUGGGUGCCGCAGAUGGGAGACCAUCACGAGGUUUUAAAUGGAAUCCACAAAAAGAGCGGUGUGACAUAUUCUGUGCUUACUCCAAAUGUGAGAGGUUUCAAUGAUGCUAAAGCUUCUGGGGCUUCUGAGGUAGCAGUGUUUGGAGCAGCAAGUGAAACAUUUAGUCAAAAGAACAUUAAUUGUUCCGUAGAUGAAAGUAUCAGUAGGUUCACUGAGGUAUCCCAGGCAGCUAAAGAGGCAGGCAUACCAGUCAGGGGAUAUGUCUCCUGUGUUGUCGGGUGCCCGUAUGAGGGUCCAGUGCCACCGCAGAAGGUGGCUGAGGUGGCCAAGAAGCUGCUGGACCUUGGCUGUCAUGAGAUUUCCCUUGGAGACACCAUAGGAGUGGGGACUCCUGCCUCUAUUAAAGCCAUGCUGGAGGAAGUCAAGAGGGCAGUCCCUGUGGAAAAACUGGCCAUCCACUGCCAUAACACAUACGGGCAGGCACUGGCUAAUAUAUUUGCUGCUUUACAGAUGGGUGUAUCAGUGGUAGACAGCUCAGCAGCAGGGCUGGGAGGAUGCCCCUAUGCUAAGGGAGCUACAGGAAAUGUGGCCACUGAAGAUGUACUCUAUAUGCUACAUGGUUUAGGAAUUAAAACAGGAGUUGACCUACAGAAAGUUAUUGAGGCAGGUGCUUUUAUCUCAAAAGCUCUGGGACGGAAGACAAAUUCCAUGGUAGGCCAGGCCAAGAGUCACCUUUGACCUCUGACCUUUGACCUACAUCUAGAUCUGUACAACCUUUGACCUACAUCUGGAUUUGUAUCAAAAUACACCAGUUUUUGUCUCAGGCAUAAAUUUAUCAAAUCCUAGACUGAAAUUUUUCUCCACUCCCAUGUGCCACUGUCCAGCUUUACUGAGAUUUUAGAGAUAUUUUCAGAUGUCAAAAACCAUUGUGGGCCUCAGAAACAUUUGCCAAUUGCAUUUCCUUUCACAAAAAUAAUGUUUCCAUUGUUUGUGAUCUGGAUAUUAAAAAUGUUAGGAGUCAAGGGGGAUUUUUUUUUUUUUUUUUUUUUUUAAGGGUGAUGAUCAUGUCAUUAAAGUAUAUUCUCUGUUUAACUUUGAACUGUUGUUACAUCUAAUGUUACUUUACUCCUUGAAAAGAGUAAUUGUAGUUUUUUCAAGACAAAAUUAGUCACAACUGAUGCAUACCUUAAAAACUGAGAGAGAAAGAGAUAUACAGGGUGUGCAUGUAUUUCUUAUGCAAUCUAUUUAAUCGGAUUUCAUUAAUCAUGACACUACAGUGAGAUUCUACAGAGCUGCCUGAAAGGUUAGCAUCAAAGUCUCAUGAUAUUGUUAUUAAAUAACAUUCUUACAUAGCUAUUUAUAUAAAGUGUGAUGUAUAAUAAGUGAGCUUACAUCAAUAUGCAGGUUAAAGGAGAAAUAAUUUUCAACUCUCCAAUUGUGAUAUCUGCAAUAUGACUAUGAAUGGUUCUUCAAAUCUGCCUCAUUUAUUAUUAUUGCUGCAUAGUUGGUACAGUUUGGAUAGCUCAUUACCAUUAUAUAUUGUAUUCUGUUGAUUUGGUUCGGUCAUAUUUUAAUGGGAUCAAAAUGUUUUACAUUAUAGCUCCUGAAGAGGUUGGGGAAUUAUUUUAAACAAAGCUGUUACAGUUAAGACUAAUACUAGUAGUAGUAGUAUGUACCUGGUAGUGAGCAUUUCAUACAAAUUGCCUUAAGAAAAUAAUAAAACAACCAUAAAAUGGUGAAAUGAUAUUUGUU